AACCUGAUAAAACCACUCAAUACAUCAAACACUAAUAUAACAUGACUCAAAAACAUGUUUGCUAAUGGAUCUUUGCUAAUUGCUAGAUGUCAAUACAUUUCUUUUUAGUAGUUCAUGAGUGAUUGAGGGGAGCGCGCAGGUGUGGAGCGCGCAGCUCAGUCGCUGCCUUGCGGGUUCAUGGAACAGCUGGACGGACGCGCGCUUUCCCUGUCCACGGUACCGAACGAGCUCCCGCACCUACUGCUGAGUUCCACCGCUCCAGAUUUCUUUUUCUCGUUCUGUCUUUGUCAUUUUCCUCCUCCUGGCUUUUUCAAAGGUGAAUUCUGAUGGACUACAGUCGUUUGUAAUUAAAAAUAUAACGACAAAAUGGAAAAUCGAGGAAUUACAGAAGAGGGAAAAGGAGUUUCAAAGGACAUUUCAGUGACUGUGAAACAAUAUUUUAAUUGAUUGAUUAUUUUGGUGUUUUGUAGGUCGUCUACAAGGAAUAGUAAAAACGCAUUUUUACUGGGUCAAAAAUAGGCUACUUGCUCAGGUUUCCACACUCAAGGAAUAUGCUGAAACAUCUCACAGCUAAUUCAUAUUAAAAUUUCUUAUUCAUAUCGAGUGGAAUAUUAUCUUUGGAGAUGGAUACGAUGAAGGAACGAGUUUUGGCUCCCGGUAAGGAGAGAUUGAGGAAUCUGGCCGGGAAAACCCUGGGACACAUGCACAGGGUGAUGGAGAAGAAGCAGAAAACGGGUGAGGUUAUCGAGCUGACUGAAGAUGGACGGCCCGCGCAAAUGCAGGAGAAGAAACCUCCUCUGUGCGACUGUACGUGUUUCGGGCUCCCGCGUCGCUACAUCAUCGCCAUCAUGAGCGGCCUCGGCUUCUGCAUAUCGUUCGGAAUCCGCUGUAACCUCGGAGUCGCGAUUGUCGGCAUGGUCAAUAACAGCACCAUUCACAGGGGCGGCAAGAUUAUAAUCAAAGAGAAAGCUAAAUUUAACUGGGACCCGGAGACGGUGGGAAUGAUCCACGGCUCGUUUUUCUGGGGCUAUAUAGUGACACAGAUCCCUGGAGGAUAUAUAUCCUCACGACUGGCUGCCAACAGGGUGUUUGGUGCUGCUAUCCUGCUCACGUCAACACUCAAUAUGUUCAUCCCCUCUGCGGCGCGUGUGCACUACGGCUGUGUCAUCUUUGUGAGGAUACUGCAGGGCCUUGUUGAAGGUGUGACCUACCCAGCAUGCCAUGGAAUUUGGAGCAAGUGGGCUCCACCCCUUGAGAGAAGUCGUCUAGCAACCACCUCUUUUUGUGGUUCAUACGCGGGUGCUGUGAUCGCCAUGCCAUUGGCUGGAAUAUUAGUGCAGUACUCAGGCUGGUCUUCUGUCUUCUACAUAUAUGGUUGUUUUGGGAUUGUCUGGUACAUGUUUUGGAUUCUGGUUUCAUAUGAGAGCCCAGCAGAUCAUCCCACCAUCACAGAUGAAGAGAGAACUUACAUAGAGGAGAGUAUUGGAGAAAGUGCCAAACUACUUGGGCCGUCUGAGAAAUUCAAGACACCCUGGAGGAAGUUCUUCACCUCCAUGCCGGUCUAUGCAAUCAUUGUGGCCAACUUCUGCCGGAGCUGGACCUUCUAUCUGUUGCUCAUCAGUCAGCCAGCGUACUUCGAAGAAGUGUUUGGCUUUGAAAUCAGUAAGGUCGGGAUGCUCUCUGCUCUACCCCACCUGGUUAUGACCAUCAUAGUGCCAAUUGGCGGUCAACUUGCUGACUUCCUACGCAGCAAAAACAUCUUAACCACCACCACUGUCAGAAAGAUCAUGAAUUGCGGAGGGUUUGGAAUGGAGGCCACGCUGCUGUUAGUGGUUGGUUUCUCUCACAGUAAAGGUGUGGCCAUCUCAUUCCUGGUACUAGCAGUUGGUUUUAGCGGCUUUGCUAUAUCAGGUUUUAAUGUCAACCACUUGGACAUUGCGCCAAGGUAUGCCAGCAUACUGAUGGGUAUUUCUAAUGGAGUGGGCACACUUUCUGGAAUGGUCUGCCCUCUCAUUGUAGGUGCUAUGACCAAAAAUAAGACUCGUGAAGAAUGGCAGAAUGUGUUCCUGAUCGCCUCUCUGGUGCAUUACGGCGGUGUGGUGUUCUAUGGGAUUUUUGCGUCCGGCGAGAAGCAGCCGUGGGCAGAUCCAGAGGAGACCAGCGAUGAGAAGUGUGGCUUCAUCGAUGAAGACGAGUUGGCGGAGGAGACCGGUGACAUCAUGCUGAGCCACGCUCCUUUUGGAGGCCAGGCCGGUCUUGGGGGCCCCGCCAAAACAUAUGGGGCCACGACACAGCUGAAUGGGGGAUGGGCGAAAAGCUGGGAGAAAACUGAGGAAUACAUCCAGGAGGACGCCGAGCAGACGUAUAGAGGAGACGGGUACUCGUAGAGAUUUCUUUCCCAAUGAGUCAAAACAAAACAAUCCUUUAAAAUACGACAAAGUAAAACAGAAAUAAAGAGAGAUAUGAGUGAUUAUAGACACUGUAGGAGUUAGAGACAUCUUUUAAAAAGAGUCUUUGUGCAAUCUGAAGUGAAUAUAUUUAAGAGGGAGAUAUAUUAAUGAGAAUAUACAGCUAAUCAUAUAUAAAAAGUCAUUUAGGAUUAUAUAAAGAAUAUAUAUGGCUAAAUCAGUUUAAAGACUAUGUAAAAGUUUUUUUAAAGUACAGAUAUGUUCAAUUAUUACUGUGGUUUACAACAUUUAAUCAACUGACAAUAUUUAAUAGCACAGACAUCUGUAAUCAAAGCACAGGUCUUGGCUGUUUUUACAGGUUUAGACUAGUUUUGUUUGAGUUUUGUGUCUUCUACUGUAACUUUAGUAGAUGAGUAGUUGAGAUUAACUGGUCAGGACCAAUUAGUGCAGAGUAGAGUAGUUUAGAUUAACAGUUUUGUUCAAAAGAAACUCUCUGGUUUACAGAGCUCUUGCCAUCGACCUCACAGAAAAUAUGCAAAAUUUGGGUUAACUAUAUUAUAUAACUUAAACCUACAAAGAAUGCUGUUUAACAUUAUGUACGUGUACUAUAUUACACAUUAUAAACUGGUCCCUUUAUUUGGGACAUAAACCAAUAGAAGGUAGAGCAAAAUAGACAUUAUAUAACUGCUCGGUGCAGAAAGAGUCUAAAAUAGCACAAAUUUGCAAAAACAUAACUGCUAUAUCUGAAUACUGAUGUGUAUUAAAAUAAGUGUGAAAUAUAUUGAAAAACCUUUAAAUGUUUGAAACAUCCUAAAGUACACUUGAGAACUUUUUAAAGUGCAAUCUUGUAUAAAUUUUGUUCAGCUACUUACAUCAACACUACAUUCAAGUGUGUGCUUGGCAAUACAGUCCUGUAUUUUAAGUGGUAUUAAGCUGGUCUUCAUUUAAAAUGUUCCAUUUUAACCAUCAUAUAAUGACAAACCCGACAUUUUCUAAGAUACUUUGAAUGCACUGACAUGUUGUUAUUUGAAAAAAAGAAAGAAAAAAAAAAGUCAUUUCUAUCUUAAGUAUGUGUUUUGACAUGGAUUUACUGUUUCUGUGAGACUGUUGUGAAGCUGGGUCAGUGAUAUCUGUGCUAACUGUUUAUUGGGCCAUAUUUAUCAUAGAAACUGUCAUAACAGUGAGGCUGUCCAUUUGGGAUGUAUAUUGCGAUGCCACUGAGAGCCUUCCAUUUGUACGGUCGAAUCCUGAAUAAGGAUCUGGUGAUCAUCUAAUGUAUUUAAUUGUCGCCAUGCAAAGCUGAUGUAAUGUGUUCUUGAGUGAAUCUCACAAAACCCAGCAGGAACAUGUCUAGGUCCUAUUUCAUCCCAAAAUCAAAAGAAUUACAGGGUUAGUUCACCC